CCGCCCUUCUUCCUGGUUGUCUGCUGGCCACAACGUUAAUCGUGCAGACUUCAUCCACACUUGAGUCUUUUCCGUCCCCCUUUGCAAAGUCAUGGCAGCCAGCAACGGCCCAGUGGUGGUCCUCCUCCUCCUGCUAGUCAUCCUCGUAGCCCUCCUGAGCUUCCUCUACUGGCGCCUGAACAGGGACACCAACGGCCAGUAUACGGUGCGCGAGAUGGUCCUCGGCAAGGACGGCCUCCGCGACCGGAUGGUGUCCGGGGUGGCCGCCAUGGAGACCAGGCUGGGCGUGAACCUGUUGCCCAGGCCGAGGACUGGUGACGAUGGCGACGGCGAGGACGCACGGGAUCAGGGGAGCAGCGGACAGUUGGUGCGCGACCGAGACCUAGAGAAAGGUGGCUCGAGUCAGGUGGAGGAGGAAGAGCGGAGGAGGAGGAAGGAGGAGGAGGAGGAGCAGAGGGCCGAUGGAAGAGCUGAGAACGGACAUACAGACCGCAGACAAGAGGAAGAGGAAGAAGACGAAGAGGAAGACUCUGAGGAUGACUAUUCCAGCAUGGGUGGCACGGACCUGCGGGUAAGGGCCAAGCUGAUGGAGGAGGUUGAUGAGGAGGUGGAGGAGCAGGAGAGGGACAAGCGAGAAGGCGGAGGAGAGGAGGAGAAGACCAGGAAGGAGGGAGAUGAGGAGAAGGAGGAGGGAGAGAAGAGGGGCUUGCUUGUCAACCUUCAGGAGUUUUCGGGCAGUGCCAUUUGGUCAGGGGAGACAAAGGAGGCGGAGGAGGACAUGGACACUGACCUGACAGCACUGUGAUGGACAUCAGGGGAGAGCGGAAAUGCAACAGUGUUAAUUCAACACUUAGAGAGUAGGUUAUUGAGUACCGUGGGACCAAAUACACUUUAGAACAGGGAUGGGCAACUUUUAUGAUGAGGAGGGCCAAGUUUUUUUUCAUCUCCACCAUCGGAGGGCCACAUGACAACAGAUCUGACGCCAAUUCGCAGAGUUGGAGGUGCUGUUUGUUGCUCACUGACUGCCCAUAUUGUUUGGAAGGAAUAUAAUACUCUAUGCUCAAUACUCUAUUGGCCAACAGUAUAAUUACAAAAAAAUAUUCAGUAGUCGUUUAAAAAAAUAUAUGGUCAUUAUUUUUAAACUUAGGCCUACUGUUUUAUCUACGGGCCGCAUUGAGUGAGGAGGCGGGCCGCAUGUGGUCCUUGGGCUAUGUUGCCCAUCCCAGCUUUAGAAGAUAUUAAAUCGACUCUCUGAGUGUUGAAUUAACACUGCAUUUGACUGUAAGGGAACUGAAGGAGAAGGACAAGAGAGAGAGAGAGACAGACAGACAGAAAGACAGACAGACAGACAGACAGACAGGCAGAUGGAUUUACAAAGUGUUCCAGGCCUUUUUGAUGUUUUGUUCUUCUAUGAAUAUUGUCCCAUUUUCUUUAAUUUGUAAAUAAUUAAUAGGUGGAAAAUUACACACUUCUUGCCUCUUUGUUAUUUGUUGGUCUAUUCAAAUAUUUUUAAGAUUUGUUUUCAUAUGCAGUUUUCUGUGUAGGCUGUAAGAAAGCUGAAUUUUUCAUAACAUGAUUCCAUGACUGAUUUACAUGCCUAUGAUUGAUUAACAGCUCAAGCCCACUUCUUCAUCUUUCUAAAAUGUUGGUGAUGUAUUUCUCAUUUUCAUUCACAUCAUUUCAACUGCGGCCUAAAACAGUAGGCCUGUUCCGACUGCAGGUGUCUAGGCAAAGCCUAUUGCCCAAUUUUGAGCUUUAAGUAUAGGCCUACAGUGUGUUUGUACAUGAUUGUUACAAUUAUUUGUAAGCUUUAGUUGACAUAUCAUAGUUAGCACUUUUAUGCCGAAUUUACCUGACAGAGCUAUGUAAGCUAUGUAACAUCACAGUUGUAAAUAUAUAUGAAUAAAGCUUCUAGCCUGGUUAUUUUCUGUACAUAGAAUGAUAGUGAAGAGUUAGUCCAGUGGCUAACAGCCAAACAAAUAGGUGUGUUGGCUAUUUAAAAAAAGAUUUUAUGCAUAGGAUUCAUCUGUGAUAGGCCUAU